CUUCUCUUCCAGUUCUAUCCCGCCUUUUUUUUUGUGUGUGUGUGUGUCUGUGCCUGUUUUUCCCUGUUUGCGCCGGGGCAGCCCCAUCACGUGAGGCCGGGCCGGGCUGGACGCGGCUGCCGGGGCGCUUCGGUACCGGGGGACGGGGCCGGGGCCGGGACCCGACACGCACCCCCAGCCCCGACCUUUGCCCCACAUCCCUUCCCCAAAGCGGGGGCUGGAUUUGGGGAGGGGGGGGCCGGCGUUGGUUGGCGGGAGGCGGCGCUCGCUCCCCCCCGGCUCGGUGUGUUUUUCGCCGCGGUCGCUCGGGGAGGUGGAGCCGGGGCCGCCCCCGCGGGCAGGUGCCGGAUGGCGACGGGAGCCCGCGCCCCCCGCCCCGGAUCCCCCUCCCCGCAGGAACUCGCGACCCCCGCCAAGAGCAGCGCCCCGGCCAAGGGGGUGCCCCCGGCCACCGACCUGGUGCUGGGGGCCACCGCCGGCUGCCUGGCCUGCUUCCUCACCAACCCGCUGGAGGUGGUCAAGACGCGGCUGCAGCUGCAGGGCGAGCUGCAGGCCCCGGGCACGUACCCGCGGCCCUACCGGGGGGUGCUGCGGGCGGUGGGCGCCGUGUGCCGGGCGGACGGGCUGGGGGGGCUGCAGAAGGGCCUGGCGGCCGGGCUGCUCUACCAGGGGCUCAUGAACGGCUUCCGCUUCUACUGCUAUUCCCACGCCGAGGACGCCGGCUGGACGCGGUAUCCCGGCGGCACCGUGGCCGCCGGGGCCGUGGCGGGGGCGGUGGGAGCCUUCGUGGGCAGCCCCGCGUACCUGGUCAAGACGCACCUCCAAGCCCAGACAGUGUCGGCCAUGGCUGUGGGCUACCAGCACAACCACGAGAACAUCGCCGGCGCUUUCAGGACCAUCUACCGGCAGCACGGGGUGGUGGGGCUGUGGCGGGGGGUGACGGGCGCCAUCCCCCGCGUGACCGUGGGCUCGGCCGUGCAACUCGCCACCUUCGCCUCCGCCAAGGACUGGGUCUGCGAGCGCCAGUGGUUCAGGAAGGGCAGCUGGGCGGCCGUGCUGGCCGGGGGGAUGGUGAGCAGCGUGGCCGUUGCCGUGGCGAUGACGCCCUUCGACACGAUCAGCACCCGCCUCUACAACCAGCCGGUGGACGCCGAGGGCACGGGCAAGCUCUACCGGGGCUUUUUGGAUUGUAUCCUGCAAAUCUCCAACAAAGAGGGGCUGCUGGGCUUGUACAAGGGCAUCGGCGCCGUCUACCUCCGCCUCGGCCCCCACACCGUCCUCAGCCUCUUCUUUUGGGACAAGCUCAGGGACCUGGUGCGGCACCAGCAGCUCUCGGGGCCGUAGGAUGGGUUCCCACACCACCAAAGACAUUAAUAAAGGGGUUUUUCUA